GGUCCCCAAGGAGCCACCCAGCCCUCGAGUGUCACUCACUAAUGAACCCCAAUUAACAGCCAGGCUCUGCUGCCUGCCAAGGAAGAUAAAUCUCCCUCCCCGAAAAGCCCCCCAGAGCACCCCUGGGACCGAGGGAGCCGGGCCGGGCACAGGGAGCAGCUCUGGAAUCGGGAAUCGCGGCACUCUGGAGCACCGUGAGCUCCAGGGAACGCCGUGAGCCCCGGGGCUGUCAGCCCCCCCCCCGCCACAGCCAUGAGCCUGGAGCCCCCCAAGCUGGAGGUCAAAUCGGCCACGAGGGUGAGCGGGGGUCCUGCCACCCCCCGCAAGGGACCCCCCAAGUUCAAGCAGAGGCAGACGAGGCAGUUCAAGAGCAAACCCCCCAAAAAGGGGGUGCAGGGGUUUGGUGACGACAUCCCAGGCAUGGAGGGGUUGGGAACAGACAUCACCGUCAUCUGUCCCUGGGAAGCCUUCAGCCACCUGGAGCUGCACGAGCUGGCUCAGUACGGAAUCAUUUAGGAUUCGGGCAGGCUCACCAGCCCUGUAGUGCUGUGUAGGUCGAGGCCCCCCUGCCCACGCUGGAGGAGGGGGCGGCUCAGUUUGGAAAAAUGCUCAUUAAACCCUAACGAGCACAAGA